CUUCCUGGCCAUUCGUUGAGCAGGAGGACGUAACCGGAUGUAACACGUUAGCUUGACUAGCUUAGCCUGAACAGUAAAUCGUUUUUAAGUUUGUGCGAAACAAGUCUGUGAUUGUUGCUUCAGACUAUUUAGUCGAUGGUCUUCGUGAAGAUUUAGCUUUUACGGAUUUCGUUUAAACCGCUGAGAUAAUUUUCGGCAGAGGUUUGCUGUACAUAAUGUAAUUAGCAUUUGGUAGCAAAGCAAACGGGACUAUUAGCUGCUUAGCUCCAUGGUGGCAAACAGCAGGGAUUUAAUGGGUGUUUUCAGCGUUGACUCUUUUAAAGGUUAAUGGUUUAGUGUCAUAAAACGAGUCCAUAAUCCGACUUUGUGAGACUAUGCGGGACAGACUGAAUCCUCCGUGGACUCCUCCUCUAACCGUGUUGUCCAGCUGAGGACCGAGAGACUGGGGACAGUUGCAGAGAGGACACAGAGCUGCUGACCAAGGGCGCAGAAAAUCAGAAGACCCAGGUGAUAUGACUGUAACCUUGAUCUGCUGGAACAUGUGAAGGUUUCAAACUAAGAUUAUGAAAAGGGGAAUCCAAGGCAUACAGAGGAUGUCUGAGGUGAUGAAGGUCGAAGCCGAGGAACCUGGAGGACUCAGCUUGGUGUCUCCCCGACCUGUGGCAUCCACAUCAGAACUGGAGCAGAAACAAGACGACAAAGAUCUCAUACGUCGGGUUUUGGUGAUUAAAGAAGAGGUUCCCUUCGACUGUAGCCCCGUUUUGUACCAGCACGACCCAGAGCUUUCCCACAUAAAGGAGGAAGAGGAGGAACUGUGGGUCAGUAAGGAUGAAGAGCAGCUCGCCGCAAAGACUGAAGAUGAAGAGACGGCGGAGUUAUCAGAGUUCAAUCAUCUCAAGGCUGAAGACAACACAGAGACAGAAGAUCCAACUAGCAGCUCAGCUGAACAGAUGGAAACAGAAUCAGAUAGAGAGGACGAUGAAAGACCAGAAACAGGCGGGAGCCCAAAUCCAGUAUGUUCUUUUCAACAAAGUACGGUGACACUUAACAUAGGAGCCAAAAGGCCUAAACUCAUGGCUUUUACAGGAGAAAGGCCGUUUUGUUGCAAUGUUUGUGGCAAAAGAUUCAAACGUAAGACUAAUCUUAAACUACACAUGAUGAUUCACACUGGGAAUAGAGAGCAUAGCUGUGACGUUUGUGGUAAAGGAUUUAAGGAAAAGAGUGCUCUUCAGACACACAUGAGACUCCACACUGGAGAGAGACCCUUUGCCUGUGAUAAAUGUGAUAAAAGGUUCCAUGCAAAGUCAAAUCUUAAAACCCAUCAGAAGGUUCAUUCAGGAGAAAAACCUUUUUCAUGUGACAUUUGUGGCACAAGAUUUAAAAUUAAGGGAACUCUUAAAAAUCACAUGAGGAUCCACACUACAGAGAGGCCAUUUGUAUGUAGCGUGUGCAGCAAAGGAUUUUCACUUCAAGUUCACCUAAAGAGUCACAUGUGUGUUCACACAGGGGAGAAGCUGUUCCUUUGUAGUAUUUGUACUAAAGGGUUUUCACAACAAAUUCAUCUCAAGAUUCACAUGCGCAUUCACACGGGGGAGAAGCCAUUUAUUUGUAGUGUGUGUACUAAAGGGUUUUCACAAAAAGAGACUUUGAAGAGACACAUGUGUGUUCACACGGGAGAGAAACCGUUUAUUUGUAGUGUUUGUAGCAAAGGAUUUUCACAGAAAGAGACUUUAAAGAGACACAUGUGCAUUCACACUGGUGAGAAACCAUUCGUUUGUGCUCUUUGUACCAAAGGAUUUUCACAGCACAUUCAUCUGAAGAGUCACAUGCGCGUUCACACAGGAGAGAAACCAUUUGUUUGUAGUGUUUGUGCUAAGGCAUUUUCAAAACAAGAAUCUCUAAAGAGACACGUGUGUUCAUUCAGGAGAUAAACCAUUAAUUUCUGGGAAAUGAUUUUUAUACAAAAAAUACCGACAAAAUUCCAAAGUAGGCAUCAGAUUUAUCCAAGCUUCUUGGUUACAUAAUACAUACAUAUGUCAAAGUUUUACUAACAGUACAUAGGGACAAGCAUCUGAGAUGUACGAACCCUUAAAGCGGCCUUUUCUGCAAAUUAAUUAAAAUUACCUUGUAGGACCAUAGAGAUGAUCAAUGAAACUAUUAUCUGCUGGUGGCUGACUGGGAUUUCACAAGUAUAAAGCCUUGGUAGGGUGUUUGGCUCCAAGUUUAUUAGAAUGUUUGACAUGACAUGUGAAAGUGACGUUUUUAUGGACCUAAAAAGAAGUGUGAUGAUCUUAUUUGUUUUUUCUCGUAUUAAAGUACGCUUAGUUGGUGGACAGAG